AUGAGUUCCAACAACACAUCCAUCCUCAUCACCGGCGCUGGGGGCUUUAUAGGCCAAGAGCUCGCCGCCGCGCUCUCCUCUUCCUUCCCAGACGCCACUCUCACCCUCACCGACGUCUUCGAGCCACCGAUCCCCCCAAACACCAACUCGUCAAACAUAAAAUCGAUUAAAUCCGACCUCACCAACCCCGACUCCAUAAGCUCCCUCUUCUCGACGCCCUACACAGCAUGCUACCUCCUCCAUGGUAUCAUGUCCGGCGGCGCCGAAGCGAACCUCGACCUCGGGCUCAAAGUAAACCUCGACUCGCACCGCAUGAUCCUCGACUUCCUACGGGUGAACCACCCAGGCGCGAAAGUUAUAUUCCCAAGUAGCACGGCGGUAUACGGACCCGACGAGCCGGGCCAGAUGAUGACGGAGAAGACGCAGCCGCUGCCGCAAAGCAGCUACGGCACGGAGAAGCUGAUGAUUGAGUUACUGCUCAAUGACUACUCGAGACGAGGACUGCUGGACGGCAGGAUCGUGAGGUUGCCCACUGUGAUUGUAAGGCCGGGCAAGCCGAGUGCGGCGGCCUCGAGCUUUGCGAGUGGAAUUGUGAGGGAGAGUCUCAAGGGUGAGAAGAACAUUUUGCCAGUACGCGAGGACCUGAAGAUGUGGGUUUGUUCGCCGAGGACGGUAGUGAAGAAUCUCGUGUAUGUGAUGGAUGUGCCCAAGGAGAAAUUUGGCACCUCGAGGGUUGUCAAUUUGCCGGGGCAGACGGUGACGGUAGCGGAGAUACUAGAGGCGCUGGAGAAGGUUGGAGGCAAAGAGAAGAGAGAUUUGGUAGAGAAGAAGAGGGAUGAGAAGAUUGAGACUAUCGUUGAGAGCUGGCCGACGAAUCUCGAUGCGGCUCGGGCGCGGGAGCUGGGUAUGAUGGAUGACGUGGACUUGUCGGAGACCGUCCAGGUGUUUGCUGACAGUCUGAAGUCAUAG